AUGGCUGUCGUAUCCCAAAACCCCGACUUGAUAAAAAUUCAAGAGACAUUUGCAGAACUGCUGGGCUUUAAAUUGGAGAAGACAGAAAUUGGCAGAGCCAUUAAAUUGAAGGAGAAGAUAAUGAGAGGAACUGGGAUCCUCAUGAUCUUGGAUGACAUUUGGAAGAGAAUAGUCUUUUCUGGCAUAGGAAUUCCGAGCCACAACGAACUCCAAAGAUGCAAUUCCAAAGUUCUACUGACCACCAGAAAAUUGAGUGUUUGCCAUUCCAUGGAUUGCCAUGCAAACAUACAUCUCAAUAUCUUAUCAGAAGAAGAUUCUUGGAGCUUAUUUGUGAAGGAAGCAAGGAAGUCUUUUGACAAAUCAUCCAAUUUCUAUGAUGUAGCACGUAAGGUGGCUAGCGAAUGCGCUGGUCUACCAAUUGCUUUGAUAGCAGUUGCGAGGGCCCUUCGAGAUGAAGGUUUGGAUGGAUGGAAAGAAGCUGCUCGACGACUAAAAGCGUCCCAACCUGCCAUCCCUGAAGAUGAGGGAGAUCAGGAGAUGUGUUCAAAUGCAUAA